AAUGGAUACUUAUCUGCUGCGCGUUCUUAAAUUAUAACUGUAUUCUGUUUAACGAAUGCAUUUCAUUUUGUUUUGAAUUUAUUUGAUUAUUUGAAGAAGUUAAAGAAAGGAUGAAAAGAAAAGCAUUAUUAGAUGACAGAGAUUUCAAUAACAUGUAGUCUAUCGUAAUUAAGCAGUAUUUUACAAAAAAUAAAUUUACAUCUUAAUAAAAGUUUAAUAUUACUGCUGACUGAAAAAAAGUGUAUCACCGAUGUGGUUAAAUUUAUGUGUUAACUAUGAACAUUCAUUUAUUUGAUUGAUCUAUCGUGAAUUUCAAUAACGGAAAGAUUCAAGACAAAAUCGAGGUUAUAGUUAUGGAGAAAAGUGAAAUUAUCUAUAUUUCUUCUGACGAUGAUGAAAAGACCGAUGAUAAACGAAAAUCUCUACAGUGCAAUGAAAAAGUUAAUAAGAUUAAUUUUGUAAAUACAAGUACAGAACAAGUACAGAAAUUGAAUAAUAAUGAAAGAAAAGAUAUAGGUAAGCAAAAACGCAAAAUAUCAGAAGUCGAUGAUAUUUCAAACAUAAAGAAUAAUGGUAUAGAUAAAAAAAUUAAAACAGAAUUAAGCCAAGAAAUAAAUGGUCUGUUAACAAAGGAUAAUUAUAAACAAAAUGAUAUUAAAUCACAAAACUAUACAUCUCUACCUGUAAAUAAUGUAACUGUUAAGCCACAGUUGAUUAUUAAGGAAAGGAAAAAUAUAUCUCUUCCAGAACAAGAUGUAUUUCCUAUGUUUAUCAGUUUAUGCUUACAAAAAAAACGAGAACCCGCAAUGGAGAUUAUUGUUAAUAAACUUAAAAGACGAUAUGAUUUAAUGAAUCCUAUGUAUGCAAAAUCAGAAGCUUUCCAGAAUUUUUUAAAUAAAAAACGUAAUGCUAUUUUGUCUUCUGACAAUAUGAUAUAUCAUCAUAUUAUGGAUGUCAAGACUGAAAUGAAAUCUAGAGCUAAAGGAACUUCAAAAAUAUCUGCUCAAAUUGAAACAAGUAAAAGUAAUGUUUAUAAGGAUAUAUCAUCAUGUUCCAAAUCAUCUUCAUCUUCAAGUAUUUUUAAUAAUAUGGAACUAGAGGAAAUAAAUGAAGAAGAUUAUGAAGAUAAUACCAUGGAUGUUCAUAUGGAAAACAGACUUAAGAAAAUAGUAAAAGUAAUGAAUAUAUGUGAGAGAAGAAUAAAAACAUUGGAAGAGGCUGAAGUAAAUUUUUCUGAUGAAGAUAACAGUAAUUACAUUAAGCUUGAAAAAUAUAAAGAAAGAAUGGUAAAAUUGUACAAUGAGUAUUGCCGCAUAACAGGUGAUAAUGCAGAUGCAGGUCGUCCAUAUUUGAGACCAAAGCAUUUAAAUCCAACUCAAAUUGUUAUUGUGGAUCAAGCAAUCACGAAUUUUAUAAAUGCAAAGAUCACUAAAAGAAAUAGACUAAAACGAAAUGGCAGAUUUACAGAUGAUUUAAUAUUCCCAGAUUACACGGACAUCUUGAAAUGCGUGUCAGAUUGUAAUGAAAAAAAUAAUUUAGGAUUAGAUAGAAAAAAACAAUCUCAGAUCGCUAAAAAGGCAUUUACUAAUUUGGGAGAACACUUACAACGUGCUAGGCGCAAUGAUUAUUGGGAUACAUUUUCUCUAUCUUUGGAAAAUAAACAAGAAGAUCCAGCCUUAAAAGAUCAUGAACUUGCACAAAAAUUACGUACAAAUCGAGAGAUCGGAGAAAAGAAAUUAUCUCAAGUAUUUCAAGACUAUGUGAAAAAACAAGAGGAAAUGAAAAAUUCCUUAUUAGAAGAUAAGGCAGAUACAGAAAAUGAUGAUGAUGAUGAUGAAGAUAACAAUAUAGAAUCUAAAGAUGAGGAUGAACACAGUGAGGAGGAUGAUGAAGAUGACGAAGAUGAAAAUGAUAUUGCAGAAGAUGAAGAUGAAGGUGAAGAAGAUAAAGCUAGUAUUAAUAGCAGUGAAAAAAAUAAAAACAAAAACAAACAUAUCUUGGAAAAUGAGACUAGUUCAAAAAAUGAUUUAACAAAUACAUGUGAGGAUAAAGAUAAGGAUGUGUUAAUAAAAAAUGUAAAUGAAGUAAGGUAUGAUAUAAACGUAGGACUUUCUGAAAAGGUGAAUGAAGAAUCAAGUUCAGCAAUAAAAUCAGAAGUAUCAAUUAUUCAACAAUCAUCCACAUUAAAUAACAAUGAUACUAAAGAUAAAACAGAUGAAAUUAUGCUGGUGGACAAUGACUGCGAUGAAGCAACAGGAGGUAGUAAACCUCUGUUACGUGUACGUUCCUUUGCAAAACAUCCUACAACUUGGGAAGACAACAAGCAAAAAUUUCAAAAUUCGGGAAAUGGACCAACGAAAGAAGUGAUUGAUCUUACAAAUGAUGUAGCUAUAACAAAAGUAGAGGUUCCUAAUUUUAAAAUUCAAACAGCUAUACUUCCUUCAAAGAAUACAUACAAGGCUUUGGUGAUACCUGCAAAUUUGGCAAGUAAAAGUAUUAUCAAUGUUAAGAAUAUUACAAAUAAUUACUUAAAAGUAAAUCCAAGAAAUAUUACUGCAAAUAAAUCAAACAUAAAAUCUUUAUCUGUGGUAAAACAAGUAGUUGAUGUAAGUUCCGUUAAUACUAUUAUACAUUUACCACAUUCUUCUAAUCGACAAAAUACAAAUAAUAAUGGUAAUAAUAACGGAACAAAACAAAAUAAGACUAUCGUGCACCUUCUUGUACCAGCAGAACAAGUACAUACAACAAAUUCGAUAGGAAUGUCCAUUAUAGGAAGUUCAAAAAAUAAACCAAAAUGACUGCGAACAA